UAACUUCAUUAAUCUAUUUUACGACUGUCAUUGUGAUUACAACAUAAGAACUAAGUAUACACGAAAUCAGUGAGAAUAGUUUUGAGUAUUAUUUUGUAUAAAUUCGGUUGACUAAAAAUGAGUGCCAAGAACGAUAAAACCUUGGAAUCGACGUCAACACAAACAGAAGCUGACAGCUCCAGCUCAUCAGACUUCAUCGACGAUUACUCGCAACUCCGACUGUCAUAUUACCAACAACGAUCUGAAUUCGACAUAUCCACGACAGACAGUUAUAGUGACGAGACAUUCAAUACAGCAGAAACAGACUUGAGUGAAGUUCCCAAAGACCCGAAAGAAACAGAACGACAGAAACUCCGAGAUUAUUACAUUUCUCAAAUCCCAGAUUUGCCGCAUCCGGCUUACACCGUGGCGUCUAUAAUCUCGGCCGCGUCCCGCAAGAUGGGACCCAUUCACUUCAGAUAUAAUGAUAGAAUCGAACAGGGCGACGAAAUUCGUGAUUCACGUAACGACUUGGAAUUUGCUCCUGAACGGAGGUCGACUCUAAAACCCAAUCAGUUUCCGAAUAACUAAAUGUUAGCACCUGAUGUUAUUGGAUGUUGAGCGUCUAUUCAAGUGUUUUUGAUUUGUGUUGCAUGGUUUAUUUUGCUAUUUUUUUAUAUUAAAUGACAAGUUCCUUUCCUACUCUAAAAGUUUCAUUUUCUGUAAAACCCAACUGGAGAUAUUCAUUUGUUUUACUUUCUUUUCUCAGCUCCAAAUA